AACUGGGUUUGGCUUGUUUUUGUCGUUCGUCUUGUUUUCAGUGCUGGAGCUGUUAACGAGUAAUCUGCGCUGCGGCACUGUUGGAAUAAAAUGUGACCAGGACAUGAUUGAAGUGGACCACCAAGACUGACACUGCCUGUUCAUCAAUACAUAUUCCCAUAAUGGGCUUGAUACUAUCGCGCUUUCGGCGCAAGGCGUCGACCAUCGAGGUCCUUCAGAAGAUCGAGGACGACAUGGGCUCCAUCGCCGAGAACGAGGCGGCCGUGCGGCGCCGGCAACGCCGCCUGGCGGCCGUGGUCGUAGCCUACUCGGCCCUGCUGUACGUGCUGGCCGGGCUGCUGUUCUACUACCGCUACUUCCCCGACGACGUGCUGACGCGCCUACUGUGCGCCGGCGCGCUGCUGCUCUUCCCGGCCCUGGUUUACUCUCUUAAGAGAUUGAUGACAUGGUACUACGAAAGAAAGAUACGUCAAAAUGAAACCAGAUUGGCUGCAUUGAAGAAAAAGAAAGAACAGAUCUUGGAGGAGGUCCAAGACAAGGAGACGUAUAAGGUCGCCAAGGAGAUCCUGGAGAAGUUUGCUCCUGAGCAGCUGCGCCGAUCACCGCUGCGCCCGGCCAGCACGCCUCUUGUGCCGCGGGGCGGUGACGCAGGAGGCGCCCGGCAGCGGCAGCUGGCUACAUUGACGGCCCCCCGGGGCCCGCUCACCUCAACCCCGUUGGGCGCGGCCGGCCGCGGUGCGCCCCAACCCGGCAUCGGCGCCGGCCGGUACUCGGGCCCGAUGGCGCCGUCUCCGCUCGUGCCGGCCGGCCGCGGUCUGCCGCCCGUCGGGCCGCGCGCUGGGCCGCCGCUGCCGCGGCCGGUGUUGCCCCGCGAGCGCGGCUACAUGGACCGCAUGAUCGACUAUCUGGUGGGCGACGGCCCGGCCAACCGGUACGCGCUCAUCUGCCACCAGUGCCAGAGCCACAACGGCAUGGCGCUUAAGGAGGAGUUCGAGUACCUGGCGUUCCGUUGCAGCUACUGCUUCGCCUGGAACCCGGCGCGCAAGCAGCGUCCGUCGGCGCCGCGUCUGCCGGCGGCGCCCACCUCCGGCGAAAGCAUGGUCGAGUCGGACACCACAGGUGGGCCGACACCGCUCCGGCUGCGCCGUGGCGCUAACGCGGCUUGA